AUGCUCAAAACCUCCCCUGGCACCAGCACUGCCACCAAGGGUCUGUUUGUAGCCCUGCUGGGUGGGCGCCCACUCGAUGGCUUCAUGGGCCCCUUCCCCUAGCUAGUUUACCAGACUUCCCACCUACCCUUGCUGGAGCUGCUUAUCGGUUAAUGCCUCUUGCACCUCCCCAUUGCCUCACUACUUAAAGUGCAUGGUGACUCGCUGUUGGAACCUCUAGAUGUCCAGGGCUGGGCCUGACUCCAUGCCCUCUUUACUGUCUUCAGCAUUGAACGUGCCUAUAGUGCAGUUCAGGUGAUGCCUGCUGGCAAUGCUGCCCUUGUCCUAGGUUCUUUCGCCAUCUGCUCUGCUCUCCUUGCCCUCUGUCUCAAGGCAGGUCUCAGUCACUAAGACUGGUGUGGCCUAUUGAACAGCGCUAUGGGACUAAUCAUCAUCAUGGGACCUGGACUAGGAACACUACAGAAGGGGACCAAGGACCUCUACACUGCCCAGGGCUAUGUGCUCACUUUCCUGGAUGGCCAGACGUUGCUCUUGCUUCUGGUAUAUCUUUCCUUGGACCUCCCCUUCUGCCUACUAACAGUGGCUUUCCUGUUUGACUUGGUGGGGCUGGUGGGCUCUAUACCAGGUUUUCUGCUGAAGAUCCCCAUGCUGCCCAAUGAGCCUCUGAGUUGGAGCUGUGUGGGGGGUGGUGAUCUCCCUCUGGUCUCCUUUGUGUGUGUGAGUUAUGUGGUCAGCAAGGUCCAUCUUGCUCUGGGGUUCGUCCUGGACUCUGAAGUGGUGGUCGCUCUGAUGCUGUAGAAUUAUGUGCUCUCUGAGACUGUGGCACCUUGUGACAUUACCGGGGCAGUGGUUGUGUUGGGCAACAUUGGCAUCAUCACCACCCACAAUCUCAGCUAUGAGAGGGCAGGGCAGGUGGAGGAGUGAGAUUGACUUGAGAGGCUGGGGGUUGGAGUUGGGGGAUACCAGGAGAAAUAGAGACUGGAAUAAAAACAUGGGAGAACAAAUGAUUUGAAAAGAACUGGUGUGGGAGAGGGAUGCCCCUUGGAGCCAAGGGUAACGCGAGGACUUGGUAGAAAGGGACUGCCUGGAAAACCUGGAACAAACCUGGGGACCAAGAGAUGUGGAAUCUAGGCAGCAGCUAGAGGAUCAGGGCAUAACUAAAGGGUAAGGUCUGAGGAGCAGAUGAAAGCGGCUAAGCAGGCAGGCCAUGAGCCAUGGGAAGAUUUUUUUCCUCUGCAACAAGGAA